AAUAACCGCUUGUUUACUUGCAAAGCCUAACCCAGCUGUCUGAUCCGCUUGAAUUGCUACGGUAUUGGCCACACAUGUUACUCCGCCUCCGGAACCCUAGCCGAGUAGGAAGAAACCUUGCAAGACCAAUAAUCGCUUGUUUAUCCUCUCGAACCGCGUCAGUGCGAGCGAUGACAACAAGCCAGUCGCCAGAGGUCGCGGUGGUUGGUGGUGGCAUAGCGGGAGCCAUCUGCACCAGAAUCCUUGUCAGCCGAGGCGCGAAUGUAACCGUUUUCGAUAUGGGCAAACAUUUGCCUGGCGGCCGUGCCUCCAGCCGCCUUCCCCGCACGGGCAACAACAACAGCAGCGGCGGCAUUCCCCAGUUCGACUACGGCUGCCAGUUCUUCCGCGCCACCAGCCCAGCCGUGAAGCAGCUGGUGCAGGAGUGGCAGGCAGCAGGUUUGGUGGCGGAGUGGCGGCCCGUGAUGGGAGUGUACGACACGGCAAGUGGCGCCUUCGAGCGGAGCGAGGAGCUGAGUACGGCAGACGUGGCGGCGGCGGAGGGCGGCUUCUCAAGCUGCGUCUUCCCAUCAGCCUCCUCCGCGUCCUCUCCCUCCUCCAGCCCUCCUGCCCCCGCUGCCCCUGGCCCCCUGUACGUGGGAGUACCCUCCAUGGGGACCUUGGCGGCCGCCCUGCUCGCACCACCACCGCCACCACCACCGCCACCACCACCCACAACAACACCGCCCCCACCCUCACAGCCACUGCCGGACAGCAGCCCGACCACCACCCAUCCCAACCCCGCCCCAAUCCCAACCCCCUCCGGAAGCCACACGCUACACCUGAAUACCCGGGUCAAGAGGGCGAGGUUCGCUGAGGACCGCUGGUGGCUUGAUGGGGAGCGACCCGGUGGACCCGUGGGUCACCACCCGGCAGCAGCAGCAGGACAGGCCCCUGCAGGCGGCGAGGGCAAGGACAAGGACAGGAACAGGGACGCGGGCGGGUGUGUGAGUCUGGGCAGCUACGAUGCGAUUGUGCUGGCGGACUGCCAGGUGGCUAGGCCAGGCAGUCCCGGCCACAUCAGCUUCCAGGCCCCCUCCUCCGGCCCGCUGACCGCCCUGCUGGCUGCGAUGCGGGAGCUGCCCCGCCAGCCGCUGUUCGCCCUGAUGCUGGGGUUCAGGGAGGGGGAGGGGCAGGGGCAGGAGGGGGAGGAGCAGGGGAGGGCAGAAGCAGCAGGAGGCGCGGUGCCGCUGGCGCUGCCCGGGGGUGCUGACGCGGUGUGGCUGCAGGGCGGGGCCGCCUUCCAGUGGCUUGCCAGGGACUCCUCCAAGCCGGGUCGGCAACGCUCCGACGGCCUCUCCUGCUGGGUGGCCCUCACCCGCCCCGACUUCGCAGCGCGGCUCUUGCAGGAGGACCUCGAGUCCUCCACACCGCAAUCCUCGUCACCGUUACCACCAUCCGCUACCACCUCUAGCACCACCACCCCCAACAACAACAACAGCGGCACCGACAAGAAGGCCCCCACCUCUGCACCCACCGUCCUGCCCCCCGCCGACGCCGCCUACACCUCCCGCAAGGCCCAACAGCUGUGGACCGCCCUGCAACACGACCUGCGGGCGCUGACGCUGACUGGGGCGGCAGCAGGAGGAGCAGGAGGAGCGCCAGGGCAGCAACAGCUGCAGCAGUUGCGGUUGCAACAGCCGGCGUACCUGAGUGCACACCGCUGGGGUGGGGCCUUCCCG